UGUUCAAAUAUUUAAAAAUCUUCCCAAUAGCGCCACGGACGACGACCAUAAAUCUUGCGUUAGAAAAAAGUUAUACGUAUAUGAUUUCAAAAAUAGAUUUCGGUUUCUCACGAACGGGGUUUGAAACAAAUAGCCGAAGUCGAGAUUCUCCGCGACCCAGUGAUCAUGAGUAGCUAAGCCAACGGCAUAGCUGGAAUUCUCAAUUUGGAUGCCCUCGAUUAUCGCUUAUACUAUUCCUGGCUGUCGGUGCUUCAGUGAUCGUAAAUUUUAUAAUACAGAAAUAUAUAUAAUAAUUUUGAAUUAAGAGCUACCGCAUACUUUCACGAUUUGGAAAUGAAACUGAAGGUAUCAGGAUCUGAUAUACGUGUGGAUACCGCAAAGAAUUGUGGCAAGCUUUAAAAAAUUCGCAAUUUGCCAGAAUCAUUCAACCGAAGGAAAGUAAUUGUGAAAAUGGUACAGCAAAGCGAAGGACCAGGCCUUCUGAAGCAGGCCGCUAUUCAAAUCGGUGCUGGGGGUUCGGCAGGUUUUGUAGAAGUAUGUAUAAUGCAUCCGAUGGAUCUAGUCAAGACACGCUUUCAGCUACAAGUCAAACCCACUGCCGCAGACCCGACAUAUUAUACUGGGAUUGUGGAUUGUAUGAAAAAAAUGUAUGUGAGCGAAGGUUUCGGUGCUUAUUGGAAGGGAAUUAUACCCCCCAUCAUUGUUGAAACACCGAAAAGAGCUGUGAAGUUUUUUACCUUCGAGCAGUACAAACAAUUCUUCCUGUUUGGGGCGAGCAGUCCGACACCAUUAACAUUUUCAUGCGCUGGAUUUUUUGCCGGGGUUACAGAGGGUGCAUUGGUGAACCCUUUCGAAGUUAUAAAGGUUCAGUUGCAAUCAAAUCGUAAGAAAAUGAAGGAAAGCCCAUCAACCAUUUUAGUUACCAAGGAAAUAAUACGAACCAAAGGCUUGGGUUUAAAUGGUCUGUAUAAAGGCCUUAGUGCAACCGUUUUGAGGAAUGCAGUUUUCAACUCCGUUUACUUUGGAUUCUAUCAUUCUGUCAAAAGCUAUAUACCACUGAACAAUGAUCCUUGGCUGGAAUUCUUUACAAAGGUUGGCAUAGGAUUUACUUCCGGAACUUUAGCAUCGUGUUUAAAUAUUCCAUUCGAUGUCGCAAAAAGUCGCAUACAAGGACCACAGCCCCAACCAGAUAGAGUGAAAUACAAAGGAACGUUUAGGACUAUUGCCAUAGUGUACCGUGAAGAGGGAUUCCGAGCAUUGUAUAAAGGUUUGCUACCCAAAGUAGUGCGAUUGGGACCUGGUGGAGCUAUAAUGCUUGUGGUCUAUGAUUACAUGCAUCACUUCCUCACACACAAAUUCGCAAAUUAAAAGGAAUAUUGAGGAUUAUGACCGUGUACAAUUUGCAUUUGCUGCUAAUUGUUCCAGAGUCGACUUACUGCCGAGCGACAUUUCUCGCCCACUUUUUGAAUCUCUAUUAAUCGACGCUUUGCUUAGUCCUUCGUUCAUUGAUUGCAACAACGCUGUAAUGUUGGUCUUGUUUUUCAAGAGGCAUCUGAGAUAAGUGACUUCGCCCUUUAAUUUCUUUAUGUCAAUAUCCUGUUUCUGUAUGACGUUAACCAAACUUUUACUCUUUUGCUGAUAAAACGAAAGUUUAUUUUCUACCUGUUCCAAGUGUUUCUUCUUCCGUAUUCUGUUUUCUCUGGCUGCUUGAGCGUUCUUGUUCAUACACGGCCUCUUCGAAUGGCUUCGGCCGCCUCUCAUCGUCACGUCCAACGAGCUCGACGACCUGUCCGCCUUUUUCAAUGUUUUACAAUUAUCUUCGUCGUAAUCGUCAAACUUCUCGUUACUUGAGUACGAAUGCUUAUACCUCCUGCGCCGGUAAUCUUCGUCCGAAGAACUUUCGCUCGCGAUAUCGUAACGUUUUCCCGACGACAUUUUGGUCCGCCCAAAAACUAUGUAUAUUUAUUGCGCCCAGGGAAUAUUUAUUCCAGAAUAUGACAAAUAGCUAGAAAUUUUUUCUAACAAUUCUCCCAAAUACUAGUGUAAUGUGAUUCUGACGUUUAAUCGUCAUGAAAAUGAAAUUACUUCGAACUAAAUUGACAUUUUAACCGGCUUAUAAUGGAAAAACAGCAGGAUCCUACUACGUUCGUAAUUGGACAGACAUAUUUGCUAUAAUGCUGACCUCUGUUCCAGCAGGCCUGACAUUGACCCAAUACACCCUAUAUAAUGGGGAAAUUUCGUUUUACAGUUGGCAACGCAAUGUUGCUGUCUUCACUUCGUGGAAUUCAAAUGUUAUGGAAUAUACUAGAUAUUUGCAUUAGUGCGAUUAGUGUUAUGCCAAUCGCUCUUACUGACGAGUAUGUAAAUGAAUCUGUAAUUUUCAGUAUGAUUUUCGCGGAACCUUCAGGUCAGGCGACAACGCUUGAGGGAACAAGCAUAGAUACGUCGACGUCGUCGAUUUAAAGGCUGUAAAUCUGCUGGAUCACCGAUCAGAUCAAUUGUCAAUCACAAUUUUUCCAUUCCAUUUUCGCCGGCGAUAGGUAAGGAAAAUGUUCUAAAUUAUUUUUGCCGUUGGUUUGCAAAAGUGCAUACAGGGUUUGCCAGUCGUAAGGCGCUAAUAUUUCAGUCUUCUCAUUUCUGGACCUUUUUUACUGACCGAAGAUGUCUUUGGAAAUUCUUAUACACCGCAAUUAUUACAUUUUACUGUAAUAGAUUGUUUCAGUAGAAAUUGGUACUACCCAUGGACAUUUUUUCGCAUGUAAUCGGUAUUUAUAGCGUGAUUGUAAUCUUGGCUUUUUUUCACUAAUAAAUUUACUUGGUAUAACGAGUGAACUUGUGAAUGCCACUAGACGUUGGUAAUUCGAAAAUAGAAGGUUGCCAGCUGUGCAAGCAACACAUUUUCUAUCGUCUCACUUAUAAAAAUAAGAGAAAUUAAACACAUAGGUAGCAUAUGUUUUUGAUAAUUUUCUUCACAAACUAUAAUGAAACUAAUAUAAAGCGUUUGACAAAUAAUGUUUUUAAUUAAGUCCAAGUUUUGUUAAAUAAAACAGAGUAAUAAUGAUCUCCCUUAAAUGGUAAUCACAAAUUAUAAAAUUAAAAAUAUCUAAAUUCUGUACAGAAAAUGAUGAAUAUUGAAAAAUGCAUAAGCUAAUAGCAAAAUUGUUGAAUCAACUCUACAAGUCUAACCAAUUCUAAAAUUUUAGAAUUGAAUUUGCAUUAAAUCCCGUUUAACAAACGUAAUAGUCCGAUCUUGAAGAUGGUUUUAUAUUUCUAGAAUAAUCCAAAUUUCACGAAAUCAAGUUUCUUCUAUCAGCUAUAUGUGGACGAUAAACAAUGCUAUUAAAAAAUUUUGAUCGUCGCGAUCAUGGAGGAAGUCAGAUUAAUAAUAAGUCUUAAUUGGGUAAAUAGUGCUCAUUUCCAUAAGGAAUUGACAAGUAGUUGCAAUAGGUUGUAAUCGCGAAUCUUGCAUCUUCCUGUGGUUUUGAAACAAAAAAUCAAAAAAUAUUCUGUAAUUUGCUA